GUCAAAUCAUAUAAUGCUAGUGCUAAUGAAAGUGGAAUCACGACAACGGCCACUGCAAGUUGCAUCCGGAACAGAAAAGAAAAAGAUUGCAUUCAGAACACAAUUUUGGCGUGCUCGAGAAAGGAAAUCAGACUUGUUUACUGCACUUGGUAAUAGAGCCACCGGGCAAAUUCCCAAAGGACAUAUAUUUAUGACCGAGUAUAAGAUAACAUUUCGUUCGUUUGUUUUGUUAUCCACAAACACUUUGGAUAAUUGGAUCGCAUUUGUACUUAGUCGAGGAAGUCAUCCCAUUUGGCAUACACGCUGCCAUGGAAGGAUCCAAGUGGUGCGCUGCGAACUACGUGCCGCUCACGCCGCUCAGCUUCUUGGAGCGCGCCGCUCUCGUGUACGGUGGCCGCACGGCCGUCGUCUGCGGCGACAAGCGUUACUCGUGGCGCGAAACGCGAGAACGGUGCCUCGCCGGGGCGUCCGCGCUCGCGCACCGCGGCGUCGGCCGCCGAGACGUGGUAAGUGACUGGAGCUUGACAAGCUGUUCCGUUUUCUUUUUUUUGCGUUCUACUACUCUGUGCUCUGCCGAUCAGGUCGCGGUCAUCGCCUCGAACAUACCGGCGAUGUACGAGCUUCAUUUCAGCGUGCCGAUGACCGGCGGUGUUCUCUGCACGCUGAACACCCGGCACGACGCUGCCAUGGUGUCAAUUCUGCUGAAACACUCGGACGCCAAGGUUUUCCUCGUCGAGUCGCAGUUCCUUGCCGUCGCCCACGACGCCCUGAGGCUCCUCGCCGACGGCAAAGACAACCUUCCUCUCCUCAUCACAAUCUCCGACGACGACAACAACGACGGUAGCGUCAUGGAUUACGAAGCUCUUCUGCGGAGUGCGCCGCGCGGCUUCGACAUCAGGUGGCCGACCGACGAGCGUGACCCCAUAUCGCUGAACUACACGUCGGGGACAACGUCGAGGCCGAAGGGCGUCAUCUACAGCCACCGCGGCGCGUACCUGAACUCGUUGGCCACGGUGCUCGUCAACGACAUGGCGACCAUGCCGGUUUACCUCUGGACCGUGCCCAUGUUCCACUGCAACGGGUGGUGCAUGGUGUGGGGCACCGCGGCGCAGGGCGGCAAGAGCGUCUGCAUCGGGAGCGUGGCGCCCAAGGUCAUCUUCGAGCAGAUUGCGCGCCACGGGGUGACCAACAUGGGCGGCGCGCCCACGGUGCUCAACAAGAUCGUGAACGCGCCGGCGUCAGAGCGGAAGCCGCUGCCGAGGAGGGUCCGCAUAUGGACGGGCGGCGCGCCGCCGCCUCCGCAGGUCCUAGCCAAGAUGGAGGAGCUCGGUUUCGACGUCGUUCAUGGGUACGGCCUCACCGAGACGUACGGGCCGGCGACGCUCUGCGCGUGGAAGCCCGAGUGGGACGCGUUGCCGCUCGCCGAGCGCUCCCGGAUCAGGACGCUGCAGGGCGUUCCCCACCUCAUGCUUCAGGACAUGGUCAUCAAGGACCCCGUGACCAUGGAGACCUUGCCCUCCGACGGGCGCACCGUCGGCGAGGUCAUGCUCCGCGGGAACACGAUCAUGAGUGGGUACUACAAAGACGCGGCCGCCACGGAGGAGACCAUGCGAGGCGGGUGGCUGCGCACGGGUGACCUCGGCGUGCGGCACCCGGACGGGUACCUCCAGGUCAAGGACCGGUCCAAGGACAUCAUUAUAUCGGGCGGUGAGAACAUCAGCUCGAUCGAGGUAGAGUCGGUGCUGUUUGGGCACCCCGCGGUCCUCGACGUCGCGGUGGUCGCGAGGCCGGACGAUCACUGGGGAGAGACGCCGUGCGCGUUCGUCACGCUGAAGGACGGAGCCAGAGUUACCGCGGAUGACAUCACCGAGUUCUGCAGAGCACGGCUGCCGCAUUACAUGGCGCCGAGAACGGUGGUGUUCGCCGACCUACCCAAGACUGCGACGGGUAAGACACAGAAGUACCUGCUAAGGGAGAAUGCAAGGGCCAUGGGAAGCCUGAGUAAGCAAGGCAGAAGCAAGCUGUAGUUGGCCUAGAUCGACAUCCUCUAGAUAUGAAUAUGAGGGCUCAUCCUCAUAUUCA